AUGUCUGAGCGCCAGAACCAGCGUCUCACUGAGGCAGAGACAUCCGUCCAAGGAAACCUCCAAUGCCUGGAUGACACCAUUUCCUCGUUCUUCAUGAACAUGCCCAACGAGAUCAUUUAUAUGAUCAUUGCUUUGGUCCCACGGCCCUGGAAACACUCUCUGGGCUCAACCUGCAAAUUCCUCUCAAUGCUCACCAUGGGAGAACUUCGAACACGCCUUGAAGGGCCUGAUCGCACCAAGUUCCUCACUACGCUGCAGAAGGAUGUCCCCAACACAUACUACUGCUACUGUUGCGCCCGCUUGCGCCCGCUUGAUCCCAAGCAUGAGUGGAAGACUCAACACCAUACAGGAGGGACCAGUGACUUCAAGAACUCACGCUGGUUGCCCGAUAUACACCACAUCUUGCACGUCCAGCUUCCCAAGGAUCUUUUUCUCUUCCUAAGCAAGGCCAACAUCUCAUUCAUGGAGCCCUACCUGGUCAUGAAUCAGCAUUUCUUGGGACCCUCUCACGGUUUACCCCUUCAGAGCCUGGAGCGAUAUGAGGCGUUCGAGACUGUCCUCGAAUUGAAAGAAUGUCUCAACUAUCGAGGGCAAUUCAAAAAUUAUCGCAAAUACAUGAUCCAGACGGACCUGGAGCCCUGCCUGGGUCGCAAGACUCAACUUCCCGGGAAAAGUCUCGACACGGUGCCAAGGGGAAAAGAUGCCUGGCGGUUCACCUUUCAAAUGACGCCAAAAAUUAUCGACGACAAGCUCUACAUCUCCAGGGCUUACACAGUCGUUGGACCCUGGGUUCCCGAAGAGGACCUGAAGAGGCUCAUUGAGACCAUGGCCGUACCUCUCUGCAGCCAUCUCAGCUGCGCGGCGAGCCCACUCUGCUGCCACCAGGGGACAGACGAACCAAAGCCCCGUUUCCCCUUCAUCCACGCACGACAGCUCGUGUAUUGCGACUGGGCCGAUACUAGAGAGAUGAUUGUGCAGCAUGCCGAUCACGGCUCAUGCGUGUUGUGCAGCACGGAUUAUGAGACGUCACUCGAGCAGAACAAGAUGCUCAACGAGACCAAGUUCCAAAUCACUACCUGGCACUGCCUUGGCUCCUGCCGGUCGCCAGACGACGAACUUUGGACUCAUAUCGUCAGUUCCGGUGAUCACCCAUGUCUUUGGGCCAGCCAGAUCACAUAUGUCUCGGAUGACGGCGCUCAAUCUCCCGUGCACAGGUACACACCUCGUCGUGAUACCAACUUUCCUUCUCGAUUUCAGGAUUACACUUGUCUCAUUCCUGAGUCAUACGUUGGAGCUGUUCGACGAAACUUUGAGGCGGCAUGCUCGGAAUAG